AGAGUUCAUGAUUAGCUUAAGCUCCUUCAUCUUCUUCUCCAAUUCCCGGGUUUUUUCUUCUUCCUCCGAUAACCGGAAAAUUCACCUCUAUCGAAUUUCCCAAGCAUCUUGAUCCACCAAGUUCAUCUUAAAAUUUCUUCUCUUUUUCUCAAUUGAAGAAGGUGAAGCAGCCAACAAGUUACUGCAACUGUUUCCACGAUUUUUGCUUUUUUCAAGAUUCUCGCCGUCGGGAGUUUUCUCGGUGAGAUCAUUUCGCUCCGACGGAAAAUUCAAGUUGCAUAUCUGAUCGGAGAUUGAAAAGUGUUGGUUCACGCAGUAUCGAUUCGUUUGUUUUUGAUGCCAGAUCUGAUAUAUUACUUCACCGAAGAUUCAGGAACUCUUUCUUAGGUUGAAUUAGCUUGAGUUUAGCUUCGAAUUUUAUCUUUGAUCUAGCUAAAGAAACAGAGAGUUUUCAGAGGAAGAAGAAACAGAGAGUUUUCAGAGGAAGAAGAAACAGAGAGUAGUGAUGACAUCAGGGACGAGAAUGCCGACAUGGAGGGAAAGAGAGAACAACAAGAGAAGAGAAAGACGACGGAGAGCAAUCGCAGCUAAGAUCUUCACCGGAUUAAGAAUGUACGGUAAUUACGAGCUUCCGAAGCAUUGCGACAACAACGAAGUGCUUAAAGCACUCUGUAACGAAGCUGGUUGGAUCGUCGAACCUGAUGGAACUACUUACCGCAAGGGAUGUAGUAGACCUGUAGAGCGUAUGGAGAUAGGUGGUGGUUCAGCAACCGCUAGUCCUUGCUCUUCCUAUCAGCCAAGUCCCUGUGCUUCUUAUAAUCCUAGUCCAGGCUCCUCCAACUUCAUGAGUCCUGCUUCAUCCUCAUUUGCUAAUCUUACCUCUGGUGAUGGCCAAUCUCUCAUCCCAUGGCUAAAACACCUCUCAACAACAUCAUCCUCAUCAGCUUCUUCAUCAUCAAGACUCCCUAAUUACCUCUAUAUCCCUGGAGGCUCCAUAAGCGCUCCUGUAACUCCUCCUUUAAGCUCUCCAACAGCUCGUACCCCGAGAAUGAACACUGAUUGGCAGCAACUCAACAACUCCUUCUUUGUCUCCUCAACACCGCCAAGUCCCACGCGUCAGAUCAUCCCUGACUCUGAAUGGUUCUCAGGGAUUCAACUAGCACAAAGUGUUCCAGCUUCACCAACGUUUAGCCUCGUCUCACAAAACCCAUUUGGAUUCAAAGAAGAAGCAGCCUCUGCUGCUGGAGGCGGAGGAGGGUCAAGGAUGUGGACACCAGGUCAAAGCGGAACCUGCUCCCCUGCUAUUCCUCCUGGUGCUGACCAGACAGCAGAUGUUCCAAUGUCUGAAGCCGUGGCUCCUCCAGAGUUUGCUUUUGGGAGUAAUACAAACGGGCUAGUGAAAGCAUGGGAAGGAGAGAGGAUACACGAGGAGAGUGGUUCAGAUGAUCUUGAACUCACUCUUGGAAACUCAAGCACCAGGUAAUUCCAAAGCCACAUGUACAUUUUCAAACCCGGUUGAACCAAAACCGUUCUUGAUAUGUUGCUCCAAAUUUUAUUUAAAUUGUUCUCUUCCCAUGUAAUGCUCAAAGUUAAAACACAGCUUAUAAUAUUCGUUUAUCUGUCCCC